GGAAACGUCUUGGGGGCGAAACAUCCGAGGACCGUCGUCAGGGGGCACGUAGCUCUAACUCUUGUGCCCGGAUGUUGCGAUAUUAUGUAUACGGCCUUCCGAGAAGUCGAGAUACUGUUUAUUGAUCAUCCCUCUCGAAUCAUGCAACGAAUCAAUGUCAAGAAAGCCAUCCUUUUGGGGGUCAUUUUCCUUGGUAUAGGUUACAUCGGUUUUCACGCACUUGAUAAAGGCAAUGCGCUCAGUGAUGACCAGAAUGUCGAUGUACAUGACUUAAAUAAGUUUGUUCGACGAGCGAAUGAUGCUUCUGUAAAGGACAUUAAUAUGAACAUAAAUAAAGUGCUUGCCAAUCAGUCGGAAGGAUUUGAAAAGGCGCUUCUUCAAAAGUACGGACCUAUACAGUUCAGCAGUGUGCACCAAGUGAGCACCCUACUGACGUCACAAGAGGAGGCGCGCCAACGGGAGUGCAUCAAGAAUGGACCACGUGACCGUGGGCAGAACGGCUCCAAGUUCUGGGGCGCGGCAGAGCACAUCCGCAGAACCCACCAUGGCUACCUGGCAAGAGAGGACGCAGUACUUAUUGAAGUUGGGGGUAACCAAGGAAACGACGCGUCUGAGUUUGUACGCCUGUACAAUCCGCGCUACAUUGUGUUAGAGCCUCUGGAACAAUACGCCGAAAUACUAAGAAACAAAUUUCAGAACAACUCUAGAGUCACUGUGAUCAACCUUGGUUUGGGUGCAAAGAACGAGGUGCUGUUUGUAAAGAUCGAAGGUAACAACGCCUGCGCUACCAGUAAGUUUUCCGGCAUGGGUGGGGAGACGCCUCUUUACAUCAGCAACGCCACCGAGUUCAUGAUGAAGCUGGGCGUCGGCGUGUUCGAGGUUGAUUUGCUAACCCUCAACUGCGAGGGCUGCGAAUACGAGGCGUUAGAGACGCUAUUGAGUACGAGCCUCGUACGUCACUUCCGGAACAUUCAGUGGGCGACCCACAGUGAGAUUCCUGGCAUCCCGGACCCAGUUGGCCGCUACUGUCGGAUACAGGAGCUUCUGUCGCGCACACACCGGCCCACGUACCAGUACCGCCUUAUCUGGGAGAGCUGGAGGCGGCGGAAUCUCGCCUGAGAGCAGUUGAACUGACUGGAGUUUAUAGAAAUUCUUAUAUUGAAGUAGUUUUAGGUCGAAAUAUUGUCAAAUUUGUGUGACAAAUUAAAGAAGACGACGUUAAAUUUCCAGUAUGGGAAUAUACUGUCAAUGUUAGGUUUAGACAUUUAAAAUGAAAUACCUAGCAUUUAACGUUUGAAGCUCUGCGCGAUGGAAUACUUUGGGGUUUUGUAGUGUGUUUUUUCUUGGAUAAGUAUGCGAAUGUGAUUAAGCUUCAUAUGAAGUGACCCUACAGUGAGAUCAUGCGAUAAUAUUCAUGUCGCACCGCUCCAGUGAGUUUUCGGGGAGUGAUUGCCCCUUAAAGGAUAUUUUGUUUCCACACUAUUAACCCAUAUAUUGAUACAGCGUAUCAUUGGAGAGCGUACUUCGGUUCCAAUGGUGUUAUUUUAAUUCAUUUGCUGUUGAAGGUUCAUCAGUAUUGUUCCUUUACAUAAACACGUGUGAGAGUGUAGGCGACCGAGCAGCCAGCACACUGUCAGAGAUAUCCAAAGAUCUUAUUAUCAAACAAUAUUAUACAUUGGUAUGCAUUUCUGAUACAAUCAUGUAUCGAUUUAUCGAUUUAUUAUUUUUUAGAUGUGUUCAAAUGAGCGUGAUAUGUAAAAAUAAAACGGCCAAUAUUUUGUU